AUGAGGGAAUGGGGAGUUUGGUGCGUCCGCAUGCGAUUUGGCGUGGACAUUGUGGCGCUGGCCAGCGACCUGGUGCACCUGCCAGAGGGCAGCGUGAAUCGCUGCAUCAAGUCUGUGCAGGCCCACCGCUGUGGUGUAGCUGAGGACACCUUAAAGAUGCUGAUCAAGCCUGAUGAGAAGUAUUCGCUGCAGGACACAGCCAGCGGCCUUGAGUCAUGUCUUGCAGCAUGGGGUCCGGAGGAUCAGCAGGAUGCUGAUGCUGAACCCGAGCAACCUGGUCGUGACAGCCACCGCGAGAGCCGCGAAAGCCUCGAUUCCGAUGCCCUCAUGCUGGCCAUGGGCACAGACUUUGCACAUCGCAAUCUGAAAAGAAAAUGGAAUCUGGCCGAGCACGGCUCCUUCGCAGUGCAGUCAAUUCUUGUCCGGCGCUGGUACACACGGGUCGCGAUGCUUUUUCCUGUCUUCCACCCAUGGACUGUGCUUGUGCGGAUGAGUCUUCUGACGCCCAGAAAAGUCCGUGUCUCUCUGAUCUUUCUCAAGUUUGUCACAGCAGCUGCCACAAAUGCCCUGUUUUUUGCAAGCAACUCCCCGUUGCCGGACUCUGAUCCCCGAUGCUUCGAGCCCGAAAACCUCUUUGCAGCGCUUGUGCAGACAGCUGUGGUGGGUAUCAGCUCCGCCCUUUUGGGAGACUUCAUGGUAUUCAUCCUCUUCCGCAUUCAGGCUCUGAGGCCAGUGAGGAAGAUAGCAUGGACCUCAUCUCUGCGAGCUCGGCAACGAAUGAAGUGGCGCUUCCGACUUUGGUUAUUUUGGUUUCUCUGGUUGCCUUACACGAUCUUCUGCAUUUUGUACGUGGCAUUGUUUCUGGCAAACGUCCGACUUGUCGAUGCGCAUGAUUGGUUCGCAUGCACUGGGGUGAGUCUCUUGCAGGACAUUGUGCUGCUGCCUGCCGGCUGUGCUUUGGUGCUGGGUACGCUUGCUUCCUUGGCGCUGGCCAGCACACGGAUUCGCAAAAAAGUGGAGACUCGAUGGGUUCAGAAGGACCAGCAACACACGGCUUCUAUCGAGGCUGCGCCAGCGGCAGAAGAAGCUCAACGCCCCUCUGACGGCGUGGAUGAUGAGGUGGAGGGGCUGUUCCAAAGUCCGGGAGUGCCCAGCGAAGGUGAGCGAGGUCCCCCACGCCGGGGCCCAAUCCAGCCGGCGCGUCUGCUCGCAACAAGUGGCGAGGCAGAUGUGCAAUGUCAGUCCGAUGCUAUGGACGAGGUGGAGGAGCUGUUCCGAACUCCGCAGGGGCCUAGCGAAGGUGUCCGACCUCCCCCGCGCCUGGGCCCAGUGCAGCCAGCGCGGCUGCCCGCAACGAGCGGCGAGGUCCGGAUCCCCACCGGCCGAGCGCAG